AUGAUAUACUGGCCAAGGAAUUGGCCAGAUCGCGAGACCUUGGACCUCCAGUCUCUCAUUUGUACAGUAUGGCCUCAGUAUCUCACUCUUCAAGAGACCUGUGGCAUACUUGACCAGUUUCACGAGCCGGUCUGGAUACCGGACAAACAGGUUCUUUGGACAGGAUUAGGUCAAAAGUACGCCCUGGUUGACUCUUACGCACGAGAACACGGAAUGCAGACUCUAAGAAUUGCUAUGGGACCUUUGAUGGAUCCUCAAAGUCCUGCCUGUCUCCAAAGCCAGAAAUCAACCAAAGAAUGGGGGAGAUAUAUAAGGGGCACCUCACUCAUCUUCUCCUGGCGUAUAUCACAAGGAAAUGUCGCUACCGUACUGACGCAACCCCCGCCAACUCGCUUCAAUCCACAUGGACGAACAGCCUACCAGGACAUUGAGGAGCCCGUUCUCAAGGGCAUUCUUGGAAAUCGACCUAUUGGUCGAAUCCUGGCAGUACAUCCAACAAUCGAGAACGCUAAAGAGUUUCCACCGUAUGAGAUAUUUCCACAGGAUCAUCAGGACAUCUGGAAGAAUGUUUUCGGGCGUGUCAAAUGCCCCAAGCAUACCUGGAGGGGUGUUGAUGGGAACAUACGUACGAGUUCACCCGUCCAAAAGCCUCAUACCUGA